UGGGAUGAAUGGGUACAAGAAAAUAGAGUUGUUUGAUUCAUUUUGCACGGUGAGAAGGUUAUGACAGUUUGGCAGUUGCCAAUAAAAACAGGUUCAAAAAGUUGUCAAACGUUAACAGCUCUAAUUUUAAGGUUUGUUUCAUUUGUAUAUUUUUCUUUUUCCCUGCAAAAAUCCCAUUUGCAGGAUCAAGAGCUGAGGUAUAAACCUCUCUCUUUUAUUCCCCACCCAUCCCUCCCAUCUUCUUCCCCCAACCGGAAGAAAAACAAGAAUAACAAAACAAAAAUGGCCACUAAUGGGAUUUACAACAACAAUAACAAUGUAACAAUACUUACAAUCCUUCAAUGUGUGAGGGAUCCUCCGAAGGUGAAUUCAUUGGGGUAUUUUUCCCAAAAUCUUAAGCACAUGAGCUCAAGGAAUCCCUUCAUAUAUUCAUUGCCAACAUUGGAGUUUCAAAUGGUUGUUAUUUUUGUCCUCACUCAUCUCUGCCAUUUUCCCCUCAAGCGCAUUGGUUUCCCCAAGCUGGUUUCUGAAAUAGCUGCUGGCAUAAUCCUUGGAUCCACAUUACUGGGGGAGAGACUAGAAUAUCAGAAGUUCUUGUUCCCGGCUUCAGGCCAAGGGAUUCUUGGUUCAUUUGCAUCGUUCGGGUACUUGUUUUUCCAGUUUCUAAGUGGAGUGAAAAUGGACACUGGGAUGAUUAGGAAGACUGGACCAAAAGCGUUGGCAAUUGGGGUCAUUAACAUAGCUGCACCCAUACUAUUUGGUGUGCUUCUUGACCCACUCAUAGUGGGUGUUUCCUCCGGAAAACCUUCUUACUCAGCUAAGAAGAUGAAGGAUAACCGCCGUGCUGUUUUCGUAGCUCAUUCCAUGACUGCAUUUCCAGUUGUGGCUUUCCUCCUUAAGGAUCUCAAAAUCCUGAAUUCAGAGCUCGGCCGAUUAGCUCUGUCUUCUGGCCUAAUUAGUCACUUGCUGCAAGCGUUGUUGACAUCGAUCAACACUAUAUACAAUGGAAUAGUGUACAAAGGCCGUGACAUCUUUUCUGAUGUUACCCUAUGCACUUGCUUUGUACUUUUUAUUUUUUUCGCCAUCCGGCCAGCUUUAGUAUGGAUGGUCAAACAGACGCCCGAAGGGAGGCCAGUACAAGAUCUGUACAUCUACCUAGUUAUCUUUGCUGUUAUUGCAUCUGCUAUAUUCUCUCUCUUUGUGGAUAUAAAUAUGCUAGUUGGUCCAUUUCUUAUCGGAUUAGCUGUACCUGAAGGACCACCAUUAGGAUCUGCCCUGGUUGAUAAGCUUGAAGCCUUUUCUUCAGGUGUUCUUUUGCCUACUUUCAUCACUGUUGUAACCCUCAGAACCAACAUUUCAGAUAUCAGCGGUAACAUUGACACUUUUAGUGUCCUACUCAUCCUGAUCGCUUUCGUAACAAAGAUUGCAGCAACAUUCCUCUGUGCAUGGUAUUGCAAGAUGCCUGUAAGAGAUGCACUAGCACUCGGUCUGAUAUUGAGCACAAAAGGAGUUGUGGAUUUAGCAACCUACAGCUUCGUGAGGGAUUUAGGGUUCAUCAAUCAGCCUAUCUUUGCUUUGUUGGUGUUGGCAACAGCAGCAAUAGGAACUUUUGUGCCGUUUAUGGUUCAGUUACUUUAUGAUCCUACCAAGAAAUACGCUGGCUAUCAGAAGAGAAGCAUCAUGUAUUCCCGACUUGGUGGCAAGCUACCAAUACUUGCGUGUAUCCAUUCCUCGGACAACAUUAUGGCCACCAUGAGGCUACUUGAUGCCUGCACUCCGACAACAGAAAGUCCCAUUACUGUCAAUGCCCUUCAUUUAAUUGAGCUUCGUGGCCGAGCCACGCCUAUCUUUAUAUCUCAUAAAGCUCAGGGCAAAAGCGACAGCAGCAGCUCGUACUCGGAAGAUGUCAUUCUUUCAUUUAAGCAGUUUGAAAGAAACAACUGGGGAGCUGUGACAGCUCAAGCUUUCACAGCAAUCUCGCCGCGAAAGCUGAUGCAAGAGGAUAUAUGCACCCUAGCAUUGGAUGUUUUGGCUUCAAUAAUUAUAGUACCUUUCCACAGGAGAUGGGGUAUUGAUGGAUCAGUCGAAUCUGAAGACAUGAGUUUGAGGACUCUGAACCGCAAUGUGCUUGACCGAGCACCUUGCUCUGUGGGGGUUCUCAUAGACAGAGGUCAUCUAGGGCGUUCCAACUCGAUGACAUCUUCAGCGAAAACAUAUCAUGUUGCUAUGAUCUUUCUUGGCGGAAGGGAUGAUCAAGAAGCUUUGACACUUGCCAAACGCAUGACCAGAAACGGAAACAUAAACCUUACAAUUAUAAGAUGCGUCCCCAAGGGAAUUGAUGGUGCAAAUAUGGAGGAUGAUGUGUCUGACAUAAAGGUGUUGUAUGAUUUUAAGCAAAACAGAAUUGGUCAAGGCAAUGUUACCUACAUUGAGAAAAUAGUGAAUGAUCCCCCGGAACUGGCAUGGUUAGUCCGAUCCAUGGCUGACCAAUUUGACCUGAUAUUAGUGGGAAGAAGAUACAAAGUAGAGUCUGUAUUGACAGUAGGAUUUGAGGAAUGGUGUGAAGUUCCUGAGCUCGGAAUCAUUGGCGAUUUGCUCGCAACAAGCGAUCUCAGACGCAGAGCUUCUGUUCUUAUAGUACAACAGCAGAAAAUCAUUCAUUGAUCUAAUCAAGGACACUCUCUUUUCUCUUUUCCUUUCAUUUUCACCAUUGUUUUUUAAUUUUUUAACCCAUUCUUCCUGUAAUGUAAUUCUGAGGGAUGAGAGGAAAGCUGGAGGUAUAUUUCCGACCGUUACUUCAGAUAUUCUACAGAUUUUUAUCUCUUGAUCAGAGAGUGAACUUUCUCCUACACAUAUCAACAGUAAAUGAUUUCAGCUUUCACUGACUAUAAAGAACGUAUAAACAUAUAACAACGUAUCCAGCACCAACUAGAAUCAUUAAAAGCCAAACCAGGGGUAAAGCAAUAAAUUAAUUCUGGAGGGAGUAAGCUUUAUCAUAAAACUAUCAAAUCUUAUAUAGAGAUAAAAGAUUAAUAAGCACAGAUUUCAAGCAACAAAAUGUGUCAAAAUAAGGUGCUUUUUUUUUUUUAAAAAAAAAAAACAUAUAAAUGGUAAAUACUACUCCAUAUUGCAUCAACAAAUCUGAAAAUAUACAUAACCACAAAACUGAUCCACACGAGCUAUACAGUGAAAACCAAAACCAAACUAGACUAAAAUUUCAUUUUUCUGCCACCAUCUACAGUCAUAACCUCAACUUCUAACGUAGCCAUGCUCAUUGCUGGCCAAAGAUGACACAUACCUGUAGUAAAUGCAGACUUUGCAUUAUUUCUUUUCCAGAUAAAGAGUAACCUCUUCCAUCUCUGCAGCAAAGGACUGAUUGUUCACGAGUAUCAACAUAGUCUGAACACAACACACAGUUCUGAAUUCAACAGGAAUAUGCGAUUGAGCCAUCCCAUCCUUAGUCAUCAAGCUGCCAUUCCAACAAAGGCAACUUAUAAAACAAUACCAAGGUACAUUGGAACAACACCAUAUAACACCAGUUUCACCCUUUUUCUGAAAACUACCAUUCAACCACUGAUAUCUUGAUGGAAUGGAAAUUUUACCAUUCUGUUCAGCUAGCCACUUAUUAUCCUAAAAUCCAGCCUUAAGCUCAAUCACAGUUUGAUCUUCUCAUACUUUGACACUGUUCCAUAACUUUCUCAAUCUGAAUUUUUUGAGAUAAAUCCUUCUCAAUAUAUGUAACCAAGCAAUCAUUCAUCCAAGCAUCGCCCACUUGAUUGCGUAGCUGACCUUCCACGAUCUUCAUAGCUGAAUUUGCUCUUUCCACACUGGGUGAAGCAACAGGAAGAAUCAAACAUAGUUUCAACAGCAUAUUCACCAAUGGAAAUUCAGCAUCCUUGUGUGUUUCCACCAUCUUUUGAGCAAGAUCAGUGAUGCUAUUCAAUUUGGAAAAUCUACAAUCAGAUCUCAUAUCCGCGAUGUACAAAUCAAGUUCACUACUUAGUUUGAGAAGCUCCUCUUCAGAAAACUCACUAGGAUAGAAUUCAGCAAGGUGAAUCAACUUCUGCUUGUCAUAUGCUGCAAAAGAAUCCACCGGAUUUAAGCAAGCCAGACAAAGAAGCAAUUCUGAAGUUACCUCAUCGAACCGGGAGUUAAGUUCUUCAAUUUGCAUAUCUAAGAUAGAGAAGAACAAAUCGUCUCGAUAAUAAUGAAGAUUUGUGAUAUCAUCACCGUUUCUCCUUGAACUACGAGAAUGAACAAAUUUCUCAUUCAUAGUAGGAAUGGUGAUCUCGUGCUUCAGGCAAAAAGAAUGAACUUCAUCAAGUAAAGAAUCCCACCCCUCAUCUCUAGCAGCCAGUAAUUCUUUUCUGGAAAUUUUUGCCAAGGCCAAGGCAUUCACUAAAUCUUGAUCUUUGCUUUUAAGUGUUUCACAUAAAGUGUUUGUGAUUCCCGUAAUCUUCUUCAUCAAAUGCAACAGAAAUCCAAAUUCAAAUGAUCGCAAAGAAAUGAGAACAGAAUACGCCUGGUCCCUUUGCUCUAGAGCACCACCAGCUUCAAUUAUUUCAAGAACAUCAAUCACAGCACCAAACAUCGAAAUUAAUCUCAACAAUGAGGAAAAAUGUGAACCCGUGGGGGUAUCACUAUUUCUACAAAGGGUAGACCCUUUAUUAAAUUCUUGGUCAAUCAGAAGAGCAUAGUUCAAUAUAUCAUCAACUAUGUGUUGAAGUUGAUCAGCUCUUAAAAUUUCCUUGCUCUUAGAUGAACUUUUAACAACAUUUAUCAACAUCAACAAGGUUCCAUACAUGGAUGAAACUUGCACUUUCUUCUUCGCUGCAGUCACAAGAGUAGAUUGAAGGUGGUGGGCAAAACAGUGCAUGGGAUGAGCGGAACUACUUUCAAUCAUAAUCAAAUCCUUUAGCCCACUGUAAUCAGCUACGCCACCAGCUCCAUCAUAACUUUGACCACGAAUACAUGAAAUGCUCAAACCAUACUUAGAAAGUAAUGCAUCAAUCGCCAUUUUAAGAGUGCAAGCACUAGUUUCACUCAAAUGAAUAAUACCAAGGAAACGCUCAAUGGCACGUCCUUGUAAAUCAACAAAGCGCAAAACAAUUGACAUUUGUUCUUUCCCUACGACAUCAUGAGUCUCGUAUACCAAAAGAGCAAAGAGUCUGUUAGGAACAUCAUCAACUAUUACAUUUGCAGUUUCAACUGCCAAAGCAUGUAUUAUAUCCUUCUUUAUAUCGAGGGACUUGAGCCUAAGAGUUCCAAGGACAUUGUCUGAAAAGAUUUUCCUUAUGUCUUCACUGUAAUAAGCAAGAAAAUGUAUCUGUUCAAGAAUGUCUUCAUUACCAGAAUUGUCUGGUUCAUCUUGGCUACGGAAAAUAGAUCCUUGAUACAAAAGGAAUCUAGUACAAUCCACCAAAACUGAAAGAAAAGUCCGAUACUCCAACCACGUGUGAUCAGAAUGCUUGAAGAAGGCAACAUCAACAUGCUGAUUUCGAUUCAACAAACCCUGACAUUUUUGUCUAGCUAGAUCAUGAGCACUAUUCACGGAACCCACGUGACUACGAAAUCUCUCUUUCUUUUUCCAAUUCGAAAAUCCCUCAACAGCAAAAGCAUCACCAUUAAGUGUGUUAUAAGCUUCUGGUCUCCAUAGAUAACAAUAUAAACAAAAAGCAGCGUCCUUUUCGACACUAUACUCCAACCAAGGUUUGAAUUCAUCGAACCAAUCUGGAACAAAUCGACGGCAAGAGUCCCCAAUCUUUCUUUUUGGAAAGUUAUGAUCACGAGGUUGACAAGGUCCUCUCAGUAAAUAUGCUAUUCGAACCUGAUCACGGACAUUAGGGUGAUAAUCAGAAAUUUUUUUCCUCAGCCCUGGAUCGACCGGCAAAUCUUCUAAACAAAUAUCCUCCCUAUUCUUUUUUGAACAAUCCCUUCUACUGUCACUCUCAACUUCUCCAAUGUUAGGAGACUGUUCACUCAUACUCUUCCUUUUGUGAUACCUUUCCAUCACUACAUGUUAAUAAACACUAAAUUUAAGGCACUAACCCACAAAGAAAACAUGACAGAAAUGAUUUUUAAGACUGUAUCACAACUGAUUUUUCACUAAACUAUAUGGCAAAUUAUUCAAAAAAAACAAAAAAAAGUGUGAUUAAUUCUAGCAAAUAAACAAAAUAUUAAAAAUUUAUCCAACUAUAUGAGGCUUUAAUCAAGUAAAAUAUCUGUUCAAACAAUGAUUCAUUUUCUUUCUUCAAAUAACUCAUAUCAAAUCAGCAAGUAAUCAUUUAUCCCACCAUCAUUUGGAAUCAAGGAUAGUCUAAAGAUUGUACCUUUAUAGCUGACGGCCGGAGGCAGCGGCUGGUGGUGGGUUAAAGACAGUGACCGGUGACGGAGACAGUGGUGGGAAUGGAGCAGCAGUCGGAGUAAAAGCGGUUUUGAGGACUACUUGUAAUCAACAACUGAGUCUAUGACUUUAAAAAGCGUGGAUAUUGACCUUCCACGUCUAACGCCUUUUAUGAACCUUUAUUUUCUCAAAAUUAAAAAUACAAAAUAGAAAAAGGCUUCACCGAAGUUAUUCUGCAAAAAAGGCCCAAUCUUUCUUCCAAGUUCUCCCUCCGAAGAGCAACCGUACAAUGGCGGCGGCGCCUUCAAGAAGCGAAAUACUUUCACUUUUCCGGUCAAUUUUGAAGACGGCUCGCGGGUUUUCCGACUACAACAUCAGGGAGUACACUAAGCGCCGAACAAUCGAUGCUUUUAGGCAGAAUAAGGAUGUUUCUGACCCUUCUUCAGUCUCCGCCGCCUUUCAAGACGGGAAAUCCCAGCUCGAAGUUGCGAAAAGACAGGCUAUUGUGUAUUCCCUUUACGCCCCUAAAGUGAAAAAUGUCAUGGAAAUUAGGCUCUGAAGUUCUUAUGCUUUUUCCAAAGCCUGUAAGUGGUUUUCGUUUCCUUUUUUUUCUAUUGGGUUUUUGUUGUUUGGGGUUUCGGUGAUAUGGAUUUCUACUUCAAGUGUUUGAUAAUUCUGGAAAGUUGGUAUCUUGUUCAGUUCUUGGGUGGAAAUUUUAUUGUUGUUUUCUUCUCCUUUUUUUUUUUUUUUCGUGUGUGUGUGUGUGUAUGUUUGAACUUUGAACUCUUUGGAAAUCUAAAUAAAUCAGUUACAGGGGAUUUUUGCGCGUGGAGUGAGAAAGGAAACGUGACCGUGGCCUAUAGGUGUUUGCUUUCGUCUCUAGUUUGAUUAGGAGUUUUAGGACUGAACUUUCCCAGUACCAGAUAUUUCAAUGAUUAAUUUGAGGCCUUGUUUGGACCUUCUUGAUGACUCACUAAUGAGGGCCGCAUUUGAGUAGCAGCUAGAAACUUGGGAGUUCCUCAGAGUAAGUGGGGAGUUUUUGUUAAAGAAGUGAAAAAUGUCUAUCAUUUGGUAGAUGUUGAAUACAAAUCAGUAAUCAGAUCGGUUAGAGCUAUAGGUUGAAUUCAUCUCUAGUUUGGUUUGAAUAAGCUUACUCUUGGCUGAACUAAACCUUAUUUUCAUCUUACCACAUCAUAUCAGUUAGAAAGUGUCCUAGUAACCUGAGAAAUACUUUUACCUUUACAGUUGCUGUCAAAGACGGCAUCUGGGUUUUCCUAGUACAACAUCUGCGAGUAGACGAAACAAUGGCGCAUUUAGGCAUAAUAAAAGCACAUAUGACCCGUCCUUAAUCUCUGCUUGCAGCUCAAAGUUAUGAAAAGGCAGUCUAUUGUGUAUCUCUUUGCAACCCUUAAGUCAAAAUCAGCAUGGAAUUGAGCUUUGAAUUUUAUAGGAUGUCUUUGAUACUGUAAGUUUUUUUUUUUUUUUUUUUGCAAUUUGUUUGAUUACUGAUUGCAUGGGGUUUCUCUGUUUGUGUUGGGGGAGGGGGGUGGUUGGAAGUGGGAGGGGAUCCCAAGUUUUUUAUAAUAUCAGGAAGUUGGUCUCUUAUCUUGUGGAGUGGAUAUACAAUAUAUGAAUGCAACUUUCAGUUGGUUCUUUUCUAGUUAUGAGAUUUGAUGCAGUAGCACUUAGCUGAUGUUUGGUGAUGCUAUCUUUUCUUUGUGAGUAGAUUUGGGAAAGCCAUAGGUUUUGGUGGAGUGGACAUAGACAUGGAGCAACUUUAAUGUUGGGAAUAUAGUGGGUAUGUUGUUGUUGUUUGUAGAUUUGGGAAAGCCUUUUCUCUGUUACAUGAUCUUUUUCUAUUUGGAAAAAUACAGAUAUUGUUUAGGUUUUGGUAUGGCAACGAAGUGUAUUUUCAAACCAAAAUUCGUGUUUGAAACCUAAUUUGUUUACAGUUUUCUUGCAAAUUCAAUAUAUAAUGGUCACUUGACAAGUCGGUGACAGAAUGGCCCUUUUCUGUUUGUUAAUAAAAGAAAAGAGGGAGAAUGGGAGGGGUAGUUUGGUGAGAAAUUUGAAGUGUUGCCAUUUUGCCUCUCGUUGUGAUUAUGACUGAUCAUGAAGUUAUUGGAAAUCACAUUGUACUUGAAAUAUCAUGACAAUUCAUGGCGUCUUUAUACCUUCUAUUGAUGGGUGUGUCUAUCGUUCGAUCGAAAGAAACUUGGGAACAGCUCGGAGUAUGUGGUUUUCGUGAGGAUUUGUUAGAAAAUGAAAAAUCUUCAUCUUUUUCUGUUAUGUGGUAUGAAAAUUGGUAAUAUGCUGUAUGAGAUUAGUCUGAGGUUGUAAUAUGGUUUUUUUUUUUUUUUUGUGAUAAAACUGUAGGUUUGGUGCAGUAACUUGUUGUGGUAUCAAAUCAAGAGCUAAAUAAGUCGGCAAGUUUGUUCUGCUAAGUUUUCCUUUGGCAGAGGAUCUUAUCUCCAAACCUUGUAGCAUCAUCUGAGACCAGCAUCUUUGAGGCUUGUUAGAAUUACCUGAGGAUUUCAUUUCCUAAGUCCAUCAUGUGUCAACUCAUUUUCUAUUAUUGUUGUUGAUUGUAAAUGACUCCUACUGGUGUUUUGCUACAUGUGUAAACUUUGCUAGAUUCAUGUUGUUAUUAAUUGGAGGUGGUAAUAAAACAUCAUAGAUUCUGUUCACGCACGUACUGGGCAUGCUAUUUUCGUUUAGCGCCAGUAAUUAUAUCACGAUCCUCUUCUUGUUUGUUUUAAACCAGAAGUUACCGUUUGAUUACUUCUUAGAUAGCGAUAACUUCUGUAGCAACUAUUCGUGACUAAAUGACUCUGAAAUUUACAUACAUGAAAGUUUUCUGGACUAAAAUGAAGUGAGAAAGUCAAAGGUGC